GCGGCGGACCAGCGCAGCGCUAGUAUAAAGUGAGGUCUCUGGUGAUGAAAUUCAAAACAAGAGUUUAGAGCCUCCGUCCUCAUCAUUUACACAGUCCUUCGACCUGUCAUCGCUCGCCGCAGUGCCCUGCACGCCUCUGCCAUGGUAUACACAAUCGUCCUGUUCGUCUCCCGAAAGCCAGGCUUCUCGAUAGCCCAAUUCAAAGAGCAUUGGGAGGGAAAACACAUCCCGCUUCUAAAAUCAAUCGCCGGACCGAGUUUUCCGCUCUCGCAUACUCGAAAUUACGUCGCUCGCGUGGGAGGAGGUGCAGGAACUCGAGCAGGAGUAAGUCCAGGGGUUGACGCCACAUCUACAUCGCCUGUGGUUUUGGUCGGAAAUGUUGAAGCUGUUGAUUGGGAUGGUUACGCCGAGUUGAAAUUCAGAGAUGAGCUUCACUUCCAGCAAUUCUUCGCUCUAGUAAACGAACCGGAGGCGGCAGCAAAGAUCCAAGAGGACGAAGAGAGAUUUUCGGACAGCGAGAAGUUCAAGGUGGUUGUGUUGGGUGAAACAAUCAGUACAGGACAAGAUUGAGACAAUCGACACCAGCAAUGAUAUUCCAGAAACCCGACUCAGUAUACCCUUGAUAGUAGUCGUGGAUGAUUGAGAUUGAAUUAGUCGGUCGACACGGAUUGCACCCUCCGAUGGCGCCUUGGAACAAGAUAGAAGGCUUGAGUGUAGCCUCUCGGACACUGAUCUGAGAAUCUAAAAGCACAAAUAACUACCUGGACUCCUGUCCUCCAGGCCAUUCAAAAGCGACUGAGAAUACCGUUCUAAAGCCUGCUGUCAUUUGUGGUGGUGUUCUA